CUCAAGCUUCACUUUGCGCAGAGAUGUGGUCGAGCUCCCUCUUCACUAAAAUCGCUCUGCUGAUUGGUGUUGCUUCCUGUGAUAUUACGAUAAAGUCGCCAGCAAGUGCUAAUAAUACUGUAGUUUCGAACGUAUCGCCCUGUCCAGAAGGCAAAGACAUAUGGCCGUGUAUUUGCUUCGAAAAGGAUGACCUGUGGGCCGACAUCAGUUGCCAAGACGUAAAUAAAGAAGACCUUUAUACGAUCUUUGGUGCUGACUUCCCCGAUCCCGAACUCAAUGCCAUCCGCGUGGAGAGGAACUUGGAACUCACGACCUUGCCCGAAGACGUUUUCGAGAACGUCACCUUCCGAGCGCUGGUCUUUCGCGAAGGAAUCCUCGAGGACGUGAAGGCAGGAGGCUUCAACGGCGGCUUCAGCACAGCGCUCUCUCUCGACUUCACCUCGAACCGAAUCACGAGUUUCCCCUUCGGUUCCCUCCAGAACUUUGCCGCUUUGACUGAACUGUUGCUGGGGAAUAACUCCAUCGCCGGCUUCCCCUCGAUGAAGUCCGCGACGUUGCAGGUCCUCUCGCUGGCGCACAACCCUCUGAAGGCUCUUCCUUCGUGGGCUUUCGUGCAUCUGCCGGCGCUCGUGUCGCUGGACCUCGACCAUACCGGCCUCACUGUGCUGCAGCCGGGCACGUUCGCCAGUCUCAAGUCACUCGCCUACGUGUUCCUCGCCGGCAACCAACUGACACACGUCGGCGCUGACUCUCUCGCCUUUGUCAGCACCGCCCUGAAAGUCGUCAGCUUGAGUCACAACGCCAUCAAAAGCGUCGACGGUAUAUCAGGAUUAGGAACUGAGACUGGUGUGUUCCUCGACAGCAACAACUUGUCCGAAAUGCCUGAGAUGAUCUGGCGACCCUGGCUAGAGAGAGGAGUCAAGGUCUGGGUGUUAGGUAAUUGUCAGAGUACCCGUAGCAACGUGAUGGCUGAACAGCAGACCGAAUUUCCAGAUAACCCUUUGGCCUCCUGUUGUGAACUUACCUGGGCUCUUCGUAAUGAAACUUUACGUAGCCUCUUGAUAACUGAUGAAAUUUGCAUAGAUGAGGCGGUGAACCUCAGCCUCAUUCAGAAUGGAUAUUGUGAAUGAGCCUGGCAGUGAGUGCUGACAAUAAUGCUCGAAAUAGUUUAUAAUAUAAUAAUG